AUGGAAGAAUUACAAGCCCGCGAGAAGCCAUCCUCUGCAGUGUCGGUGAAGAAGGAGAAGAUUACAGGGCGUGGAUCUGAUCCACAAGAUGUGGAGGUCGGCAUGGUGGCAGCUCUGAACCAUGGAGAGACAGGACUGAAGCGCAAUUUCAACAUGGUCAGCAUCAUGGCCCUAGGAUUCAACACGUCGAACAGCUGGAUGGCUAUCGCAGGUAGUCUGCCCCUGGCUAUUGCAGGAGGCGGUACAGUGACCUUACUCUACGGUGUUCUGGUCGUUUGUUUUGCCAUGUCCUGCGCUGGACUCAGGCUGGCCGAGCUGGCUGCAGUGAUCCGACCGCGGGUGGACAAUACCAUUCCACUUCAAUGCUGGCUCCGUCACAGCACCGCUGAUGGCUAUCUUAUCUGUGUGGAUUGCUUGGGUCGCUUCGGAACGCCCUUCGGAACAGUCCUUAUCGAUUAUGGGGGGGAUGAUAGAUAA